AUGACCUUCCCAAAGAAAGGAGAUACUGUUAAAAUACAUUAUACUGGCUGGCUUAAAGAUGGUAUGAAACAAUUUGACUCCUCUACGACUCGUGGUAAGCCAUUCGAGUGUAAAAUUGGUGUUGGCCAAGUAAUUAGAGGCUGGGAUGAAGGCAAGUUUUUUUUGAAGUGGGGUGCAUUUAUAAAUAUUUUAAGAAUUAUUUUAUCUUAUUCAAAAAUUUAUUACUCCACUGACUUUAAAUCCAUUUCUUUAACAGGUGUCCCUCAGCUUAGUCUCGGUCAAAAGGCUAAACUUACGAUCUCUCCUGAUUAUGGUUAUGAAAACGGCUUUGGUGAAAUU